AUGGCGUUCACAGAUUACUUCUCGGUCGUCGCGACGUUCAUCGCGCUUCGCGAGACGCUCGAAGCCGGCAUCAUCAUCGCCGUGCUCCUAGGCUUCAUCGAGCAGCUGAUCCCCCACCGGCCCAGCGAGCUGGCGAGCGGGAGCCGCACGCUCCUCGUCCCGCCUGCUGCUGCGGGGGACGACGAACCCGCCGCCUACUCCACCUUUGACCGCGCCCGGCGCGACUCGGAGCGCGCGCCGCGGAUCCCGCCCGAGCUCCUCUCGCCCACGCUCUCGGCGCGCACGUUCGAGUCGGACCGCCUGAGCAUCAGCGACGACGGCAACGACGACGACGAACACCACCCCGCGCAUGCGCACCGCUUCGACCGGGCAAAGCUCGUGCGCACCCUCACCCUCCAGGUGUGGAGCGGCGCGCUGCUCGGCCUCGCGGCCGCGUCGGUGCUGGGUGGUAUCUUCCUCUAUGUGUUCUACACCUUCGCCCACGACCUGUGGCAGGACGCCGAGAACCUGUGGGAGGGCAUCUUCUGCGGCAUCGCGGCGCUCAUCAUCCUCGUCAUGGGCAUUGCGUUCCUCCGCCUCCCGCACGCGCGCACAAAGUGGCGUCUCAAGCUGCUCGCCGCGGUGGAGAACGAGGCCGGCGUAGGCGACCACCACCACAGCGCCAAGCACCACCGGCGGCGUAUCCGCGCGCGCGCGGCGCGCGGCUGGAUCCUCUUCGGCCUGCCCUUCAUCACUGUCCUGCGUGAGGGGCUGGAGGGCGUCGUCUUCCUCGGCGGUAUCGGCGUCACGGACAAGCCCAAGGCCAUCUUCUUCGGCGCGCUGGCUGGCUUCGCGAUCGGCGGCGCGCUCGCAUACACGCUCUUCUCGAAGAGCGAGGGCAUGACGCUGCAGCGCUUCACGACCGUGUCGACGCUCAUCCUGUUCAUCGUCGGUGCUGGCCUCGCGUCGCGCUCGGCGUACUCGCUCGAACGGCAGUACUUUAUCAACGGUGUCGGCGCCGACGCGGCAGAGAGCGGCGACGGCCCAGGCUCGUACCGCGUCGCAGGCAACAUCUGGAAGCUGACCUGGGGCAACCCCGAGGUCGGGCACGAGGGCUACUCUGGCUGGUGGCAGCUCGCGCAGAGCCUGUGCGGGUGGAACAACAUCGGCACCGUGUGGACCGUCGGCACAUACCAGGUCUACUGGAUCAUCAUUAUCGCGACGCUCGUGCGGCUCAAGUGGAAGGAGGGCCGCACCGACCUCUUCGGACACAAGUCCAAGCGCGGCUGGGAGCUCCACAAGCGCCGCCGCGUCGCUGCCCGCCAGGAGGGCGAGGAGGAGGGCCUGCUUGCCCCCGCUGACGACGAGCCUGUGGCCUCGGGCUCGGGCUCGCGUACCGACCAGUAG